AUGAGAAAACGUCGACUUGGAAACUUUAGUCAAAAGCUUAAAGAAGACAUUGAGUCAAAGAAGACACAACUUGAAGAGGCGGAUAUGAAGUCACACGAAGACCAAGAACACAUUGAAGAACUCCAAGGUGAUAUUAAGAGAGUAAAGGAAGACUUGAACAAGUUAACCACUGAGUACAAUGUCAUCACUGAGUUGAACAAAUACAUUGAAGAUAAGGAAGGCGAAAUUUCUGACUUGAAAAAGAAGCUUGAAGCCGAAGAAGACAAUUCAAAGGAUAUUGAGACACAAUCACACGAGAAGGAAGACGACAUUGCCGAUUUGGAGAAACAAGUAAAGAUGUUGCAAAACACCAUUUCUGGUGUAAAUGCACAGAAUAAAAACACUGGUGCUGUUUGA